CUACAUCAUGUGAUGUAUUCAUCGCGUCAAUCUUGUUUGGUGCGUGCUGGUGCGUGCGUAGGGCACGGUGUGUAGGUGGAAUAUCUAAACGUUUAAAGAAUUGAUCUUAUUUAAAUAUCUUUAAACUAUAAAAAACUUCAAAAAUUACGCAAAUGUCUGAAUCAGAUUUAUUAGCUAAUGACCAUAUUGAUGGCCUUGAUGGACUUGAAAAUGGUCAAGAUGGUGAUGCUAUUAUGCAGUGUGAUGGAGUUAAACGUGAAUUGAAUGAAGCAAAUAUAGAUGAUCCAGAACUAGAAGCUAUAAAGGCGCGUGUAAGAGAGAUGGAAGAAGAAGCAGAAAAAUUAAAGCAACUACAAUCGGAGGUGGAUAAACAGAUGAACAUGGGUAGUCCACCUGGAAUCACGAGCCCAUUGAACAUGUCACUCGAAGAUAAAAUGGAAGUUGACAAUCGAUCUAUAUAUGUUGGAAAUGUAGAUUAUGGUGCCACAGCAGAAGAAUUAGAACAACAUUUCCAUGGCUGUGGUAGUGUCAACAGAGUAACAAUACUUUGUAACAAAUAUGAUGGUCAUCCCAAAGGUUUUGCUUACAUCGAAUUUGCAGAACGUGAUUCUGUACAAACUGCAAUGGCUAUGGAUGAAUCUAUGUUUAGAGGACGCCAAAUUAAAGUUAUGCCAAAAAGAACAAAUAGACCAGGGCUAUCAAUGACAAAUAGGGGGCCUAGGGGUGUACGAGGUUAUCGUGGCAUGGCUCGAGGGAUAAUUCGUGGCAGUGCAUACUUUGGAUACAGACCUACUAGGAGGCUAAGAAGUUACAGGCGAGGGUACUAUAUGCCAUAUUAAACAUUUUAAACAUAGUGCUAUGGUUCAACGACUUCAAG